UAGUUACUAAAGCAAAGAACAUUUUUACUUCAUUAUUUGUGCUCUGCAAACGGAAAACACUUGAGAUUCCUUUUGCUUGAGAAAACCCAGAGAUCUGAAUACUUUACAUCGAUCUAGCUACAACAACUUCUCUCAACCCCUUUCAUUCUUUUCUCAUCAUCUGCUGCACUUGAUUUUGAAUCAUGGCUUCAAAACUUGAAGGUGGAGCUUAUCUCUCUUCUUUUGUUGAUGCUAUCUCAAAGAAGCUAUCUUCAAUACUUGAAGAUGACUCUGUCCUGGAAGGAAAUGACUCUGUCCUGGAGUUGCUUGAAAGGUUGGAUGAAAUUCUGUGUGAUGUUGAUCCUGUGCUUGAUGAUGCUGAGCUGAAGCAGUUCCGUAACGAUAGAGUGAAGAAGUGGCUUGUAGAUCUCCAAGAUGCUCUCUACAUGGCUGAUGACUUCCUCGAUGAACUCUCCACUAAAGCUGCCACGGCCACUCCAGGUAACUCUUCUUCCUGGUCUCGCCCUGUUGAUUCAAUUAUUGAAGAUAGCGGUGUCAAUGUCAUCGAAAAAAUAGUUGGCAAACUAGAGUCUCUUGUACGACGAAAAGGUAAACUUGGACUGGAAAAGAGUGCCAAGUUGGACACAUCUUGGAGAAUUCCAUCCACAUCUCUCGUUGUUAGUUCUGACGUAGUUGGUCGGGACGAAGACAAGGAGAACAUAAUCAAAUUGUUGUUAGAUGAUACCUGCGAUGCUGAAUCACAUGUAACUGUGAUUCCCAUUGUGGGUAUGGGUGGGAUAGGAAAAACUACUUUGGCUCAAUUGGUUUACAAUGAUGCCAAAGUCAUAGGAAAAUUUGACACCAGAGCAUGGGUGUGUGUUGCUGAAAAUCCUGACCCAGUUCAUGUUACAAGGACAAUAAUAGGGGCAAUAGAUUCUUCUCCCCAUAACACGGAUAACUUUGAUUCACUUCAGACUGAUUUGAAGAAGAAGUUGACAGGCAAGACCUUUAUUGUUGUUUUAGAUGAUGUCUGGGAUGAGCAACCAGACGCGUGGGAGAAUUUUCUAAAACCUUUUCACUAUGGGAAUAACGGGAGUAAGAUUCUCCUAACAACCCGUAGCGGAAAUGUUGCUUCUGUGUUCGCACCUAACAGUCGACAUUAUCGACUAAGUUUAUUGUCGGAGGAACAUUGUUGGCCGCUGUUUUUGAAGCAUUCAUCCAUUUCUACUGGUUCUAAACAAUAUGCAAUUCUAGAGCCAAUGGGUAGAAAAAUUGUUCAAAAGUGUAAGGGGUUACCUUUGGCUGUGAAGGCACUUGGGGGUUUAUUGCGCAGUAAGUAUAAUGAAGGAGAUUGGGAGAAUGUACUUGAUAGUAAAAUUUGGGAACUCUCGGAAGAUGUCAGUCCUGCAUUAAGAGUUAGUUAUCAUUACCUUCCUUCACAUUUAAAGCGGUGUUUUGUUUAUUGCUCAAUAUUUCCGGAGGAUUAUGAAUUUGACAAAGACAAAUUAAUUUUGUUAUGGAUGGCUGAAGACCUUUUACAACCAAAGGAAAACAACGGAUUAGAAAAUGUUGGUUGUGCAUAUUUUGAUGAAUUAGUUGCAAGGUCAUUUUUUCAACCCUCCAAUACUAAUGAAAAGUUAUUUGUAAUGCAUGAUCUUAUGCAUGAUCUAGCAACGUUUUUUGCUGGAAAAUUCUAUUUCAAAGGCAAAGAAUUUUGCAAUCAACACAUGAUAGACAACAAAACUCGUCAUUUGUCAUAUGCUACAAAAUUUGUGGUUAGCAUCAAAUUAUUUCGAGAGGCCAAUAAUGGAGCAGGACACCUGAGAACAUUUUUAGAUUUUACUUUGCUUCGCCGUGAUCAAUCAAUUGAUAUUGAAAGCUAUUCUUGGCUCUUAAAACAACAAUUAGGGUGUUUAAGAGUUUUGUCAUUUAAACGCUCGUUUAUAGAGUCAUUGCCUGAUUCAAUAGGUGAAUUGAUUCUUUUGCGUUACUUGAAUCUCUCUUACGCACCUAUUGUGACAUUGCCCGAGUCAAUAUGUAAAUUAUACAAUCUCCAAACUUUGAGGUUAAAGAAUUGUGCUCGGUUAGAGAUGCUUCCCAGCCGCAUGGAAGAUCUUGUGAACCUGCGUCACCUUGAUAUUCGAGGAGCUUCUUGUCUGCAAGAAAUGCCGAAGGGAAUGAGCAAGUUAAAGCAUCUAAACUUCUUAAGUGAUUAUAUUGUCGGCGAGCAUGAAGAAAAUGGGAUAAGAGAACUGGGAACACUGGACAAUCUCCAUGGCUCAUUUUGCAUUUCCAAGUUGGAGAAUGUCAAGAAUAGCGGUGAAGUUUUGGAGGCAAAGAUGGGUAACAAGAAGCACAUCAACACUUUAGAAUUGAAUUGGCUUCCAGAUGGUGACAUUGAUGAUGUUCAAACUGAAGGAGAUAUACUUGACAAGUUACAACCUCAUCAAAACUUGAAAGAGUUAUCAAUUAUUGGUUAUCGAGGUGAAAGAUUCCCAGAUUGGUUAGGCCUUUCUUGCUACUCCAAUAUGACCAAAUUGAGUCUGAAGCGUUGUAAGAAUUGUUGUGAGCUUCCUUCAUUGGGACAUUUACCCUUUUUACGGCAUCUGGAGUUUUCUGAUCUUGAUGGGUUGGAGAGAAUUGAUUUUGAGAUUCACAACAACAAAAAUGGAUCAUUUCAACAGAAGACACCCUUCGAAUCUCUUGAAACUCUGGAAAUUAAGAGCAUGUCUGGUUGGCGAGAGUGGCAUUUUCCUGAUGAGUUUGAUGGUUUUCCUGAGCUUAGAUUCCUUGAAAUAAGUUGUUGUCCGGUGUUGAGGGGAGGUCUGCCUGCUCACCUUCCGGCUCUGGAGAAACUUAAGAUUGUUGAAUGUGAAGAGCUUGCAUUUCCGCUGCCGAGGGCUCCCAAGCUUCACCAAUUAGUUGUAGAGGGUUAUUCUAGGCCUUCGCGGCCGAGGGAGGGAAUGGCACCGCACAAUAUAAAAAUUUCAGGAACCCAGCUGGCGAAUUCCAUAUUGGAGUGGCUACCGCACAUCCAACAGCGUGUCCAUCGUCUGCGUAUAAUUAACUGUGAGUCAGCCAUAUCAAUUUCAGGAGAUCAUUUGCCGGCUCCGUUACUAUAUCUGGAAAUCUCUCAUUGUUCAAAAUUAACAUUCUCCGAGCAAAUGCAACACAAGUCGCUAAUGAAGAUAAAGGUAGUGGGGUGUGGUUCACUGACGUUGUUUCCAAUGGCGGGCUUUCCAAAUCUCACGGAACUCGUAAUCAGUGAAUGCCAAAGCAUGGAAAAACUU